AUGAUUUCUAACCCCCUGACUACAGACUCGGGAGCCAAGUUCUUUGACAACUUCAACUACUUUACCGGCUACGACCCCACCGGGGGCCACGUGCACUACGUCCCGCGCCCGCACGCGGAGCAGCUGAACCUGACGUACGCGACCGAGUCGGCGGCCGUCGUGCGCGUCGACGCCACGGUCGGGCCCGGUGACAAGCCCGAUGCCUCGACCGGCCGCUUCUCGGUCCGGCUCGAGUCCAAGCGGCAGCACGACCGGGGCCUGUUUGUCUUUGACGUGGCGCACGCGCCCCACGGCUGCGGCACCUGGCCGGCGCUGUGGAUGGCGUCCCUUCACAACUGGCCGCUCGAGGGCGAGAUCGACGUCAUGGAGGCCGCCAACAAAGGGGACGACGGCAACCUCUUCUCGCUGCACACGACAAAGGGCUGCGAGAUGAAGCGGCGCCGCGAGAUGACGGGCGUCGCUAAGCAGGCGGACUGCUACAACGGCACCAACUCCAACCAGGGCUGCAACGUCGCGGGGCCCCGUGAGUCGUACGGGCGGGCCUUCAACGCGCGCGGCGGCGGCGUGCUGGCGGUCGAGCUGCGCGACGAGGGCAUCCGCAUGUGGCAGUUUGCCCGCCCCGACGUGCCGCGCGACCUGGCCGCUGCCGCCGCGGCGCCGAACCCGGCGUCGUGGGGCACCGCCGCCGCCGACUUCCCGAGCACCGACUGCGACGUCGGCGCGCACUUCCGGAACCAGAGCAUCAUUAUCAACAUCACGCUGUGCGGGCAGCUGGCCGAGGCCGCCUGGGGGAGCUCGGGGUGCCCCGGGACAUGCGUCAAGCACGUGUCCGACAACCCAGACGCCUUCAGGGACGCGUUCUGGCAGUUCAACGGUCUGAGGGUGUACAAGGCCGCGAGGUCUUGA